ACUAUACUAGCUGCGAACUCUCUGUGUGCGUUGUCGUUGAGUUGAAUGAAUGCACCGUAAUCUUUAGACAAAUGACUACUUUUACUAUUUCGGAAUGAUUCUGUAAACUGUAAGUUGUAAACAGACAUACUUUUUAGAGGCGAGAAAAUUUCCAAAGUUGCAAUGGAAUCGAGCUCACGGAUCAAAACGACAGGAUCCAAUUACACGAUCGCCACUGGCGCUGGAGCCGUCCCGUCCACCUCCACUUCGAAGCGGAGUCGAAAGGCGGCUCUGGGCGGGGAUGAAUUUAUGGCAGCGGCAAUCGGAGAUACAGCCUGGCUCAGACAGACUCUAAAAGAGGGGAAAAAUCCUGCAAAUUUUGACAAAAAUGGAUUAUCUGCUAUUCACCUGGCUUCUCUACAUGGUAGAAUAGAAUGCCUGAAACUUCUGGUUGAGAAGUACCAUGUGAGUGUGAACUUGGCCAGUUCUACGGGCUGGAGACCAAUCCAUCUCUGUAUUAACAGCAGGACUGGAAAGAGAUCUCUGGAAUGCAUGAAGUAUCUCCUGGACAUGGGUGCAGAUCCAUCGGUACCCAAUGAGGAUCUGAUGACCCCUACCCACCAAGCUGCUAUUGAAGGAAGUGUUAAGUGUAUGGCAGCUCUUCUUGCUCAUAAUGCUGAUAUAAGUACGCCUGAUUGUAAUGGCCAUCUACCUCUUGAUUAUGCAAAGAUUUGGGGACAUAGAAAAUGUGCCAGACUACUGGCAUCAGAGACAUGGAAGCGAGAGAAGGAGGCAGAAUUGACCAAGGUGACUGAGCUGCAGCAGCUUAAGAAUCUUAAGGAUGCUGUUGAUGAUUGGGAACAACAAGAUCAGCAAGCUUACAAGGAAAUCCAAGCUGACCAGUUGUUUGAAGAGUGGAUGGAAAAGAAAGGUAUAGCAGACAAACAAUCACCCCGACUUGUCUCUCAUAAAAAGGAGUCUUCAACACUUGGAGCAAUGGCCAACCAGCUUUACCAGGCUAACAGUCCUCGGAAAGCAAAUGUUCCUGCAGUCAAGCUACAGGCUGUUGGUGAGAAGACUGCAGCAAAAGGAAAGGCAAAGGAUUCCAAGGGAAAGACACAAACCAAGUCAACACCAGCUCCUGUAAACACCUCUGGUGCAGAGCAUAUUGUAGCCAAGGAAAGGUUAUGCAAAGGCAAGACAAAGCCAAAGCUAGAACCAGUAGCAAAGGUCAAAGUCCCCAUCCUUGAAAUCACUGGAAAUCCGAACCUUGACAAAGUUAAACUCUACACACAACCUGUGCCUGACCUUCCGCAAGAAGUCAUUGACAGAAUACUUCUUGAGAAACUCUCACCCCAUGAACGUCCUCUUUCCUUCAAAUGCAAGAACAUUAUCGAUGCCCAGCACAGACGCCUCUAUGAUGACAGCGUUAAGCCUAUCCAGGAGGUCUAUGCCCACAUCUCAAAUGAUAAAUCAUCAAUGUUAUUUCCAGGAGUAACCGGUUCUGGGUCAUCAUCAUCAACAAGAACAAGUAGCAUCUCAGAUUCAGACAGUUUUAAUAACCAGAGAAUAGCAGGUGCCUUGAAACACAUAGCCAAACCAUACAAAUUUCCUCAGAUUCAUGGAGAAGACUAUACAUAUGGCUUUGAAGUAUUAUGAUCCUGAUCCUCUCUUUAAAUUAUUGCUUAGUGUCAUCAUUGAUCAAACAGAUAAGAAGGUCAUCAUAAAAUCCAAUAUAACAAGCCAUUGCAAUGACUACAUCUGGAAUAUGCUUUCUAUUGGAUAAAAGGAUAAUUUUUUAUAAAUGUUUAAAAACCAAUUCCACUCCAACAAGAAGCUUAUAACGCUAAAAA